AUGAUGGCUGAUGAAGAGGAGGAAGUUCAGCGGAUCGUGUGGAGACUGCAGGAACUGGUGGAUCAGCUCUAUUCAUUUCGAGACUGCUAUUUUGAGACACAUAGUGUUGCAGAUGCUGGGAGAAAGCAACAGGAUGUACAGCAAGAGAUGGAGAAGACUCUGCGGCAGAUGAAGGAAGUAGUGGGUUCUGUCCAGAGCAAGGCUCAAGUCCUGAUGCUAACUGGGAAGGCCCUGAAUGUGACUCCUGAUUAUAGCCUUAGGGCUGAGGAGCUUCUUUCAAAGGCUGUGAAGCUGGAGCCCGAGCUGGUGGAAGCCUGGAACCAGCUGGGUGAGGUGUACUGGAAGAAAGGGGAUGUUGCAGCUGCCCAUACCUGCUUCUCAGGAGCCCUCACCCAUUGUAAGAACAAAGUCUCCCUGCAAAACCUGUCAAUGGUGCUUCGCCAGUUGCAGACUGACAGUGGAGAUGAACAUUCUUGUCAUAUCAUGGACAGUGUUCGACAGGCCAAGUUGGCUGUGCAGAUGGAUAUCCAUGAUGGCCGCUCUUGGUGUGAGUGAUUUCAAAAGAUCUCCAAGUUUCUAGAGCAGUGAUUCUCAACCAUGGCUGCACACCAGAAUCAUCUGGAGCCCCACUUGUUGAAUCUGACUGCAAAGGUGAAUCUAGGGCUUCUUUGUUUUGAAGAAGCCCUGUAUUAGUCAGGGUUCUCCAAGGAAACGGAACCGACAGGAUAUAUAUGUAAAUAUUAUUACAAGAAUUGGUUCACACAGCCAUGGGGAAUGGCAAGUCCAAAUUCUGUAGUGCAGGCUGCAAAUUGAGAACUCUGAUGAAGGUUUCCGUGAAACCCAGCUGGCUGAAAGUAGAGAUAGAAAUUCUUCUUUCUGACUGCUGAAAUCAUUAAUGCUACUUUUUUUUUUUUUUAUCUUCAUUUUAUUGAGAUAUAUUCACAUACCAUGCAGUCAU